AUGCUUCUAAAAAAACUGAAAUGGGUAAUCGUAAUUUUUACCUCGAGUAAAGAUUAUAGUGUUGUACCAAUUAAUUGGCUUUUAGAGACAGAAGUUGAAAAUUUAUAUAGUAGUACUAUAAAGAAUUGUUACUGGCCACCCUUCAGAGUUACUAGUGUCCAUUUAAAAGAGGCCAAAGAUCCAGAACCAUCUUGGCAGCAGUAUCAAAUUAAAGUCGUUGGUGGUAACAAGACUUAUGGUAAUUUCAAUAAGGCUUGGCACAAACGAGUAGAAGUGGAAUCAACAGAUAGUGAAAAUAUUUUAAAUGACCCGUUACUUCUGAAAAAAAAGAAACAAAAUAUCUUAGACAGUAGUGACAGUGAUAAUGAAGAUACUGGUUAUACUAUUAUUCCCAAUAUUCAAGGGGCAACAGUGUCAGGAACAUUAUCUGAAGAGCCAUUGCAAACAUUUUUAACGAAUAAUAGUCCUUCUUUGUCAUCAGUAGUGGACUCCACUUUUUACAAAGAAAAUAAUAGUUAUACAGAUUUACAACCUUUGACACCUAUAGCAUCUCUGAUGCAAGAUACAGAUUACAUUAAUUUACCAACAACAAGUGAAUCUUCAAUUACAUCAAUGAUAUCUGAAUCUUCAAAUCCAGUAUCACAGAAUCUUGAAUCUACAGGGUCUCAAAAUCAAAACUUUCCAAAUACUAUUGAAAAAUUAUCUUAUCCAACAAUACAAAAUUCAUCUGAAGAAAUUCACAUACUAUUCAAACAAAUUUAUGAAGAAUUGAUAGCUAAUCGAAUGAUGAACGAUAGACUUUGUAAUAAGAUAGAUACUUUAAAAGAUGAUGUUAAAAAGUUCACCAGUCAAAUGGUACCAACAUUUGAUUUUUCAAAUGAUACUGAAGAUGUGUCGUUUUUAUCACAGUUUCCAUUGUCAUCUAAAGAAAAUGUUGUUGAGUGUGAAAAAGUAUUACAGAUUGAUUGUAAUAUAAAAGAGAAAUUGAAAAAUAUGUUUUGUACAAUUGGUGGUAACGAUGGUAAGACACAUCUUCGGCGUAUUUUAUCCAAAACAUUUACUAACAAAUUUGCUAUUGACUGUUCUUGGACUGGCAGGGCAUUUGAAAAAGAUGUAACAACAUUAAAAGUCAAAGAUUUACUGAUUAUUAGUUUAAUGAAGGGUAUAAUUAAAAAUAAGUAUCAAUAUUCUGAUUCUACAUUUGAAGUGGAAGUACAAAGUUGGUUUAGAACUGCUAAAACACGAUAUGACAGGGAAAAGUAA